UAUAGUUAAAGCGUCUGGAAGAAAUUAGACGCAGAAAAGGACAGUUCACUACUUCAACCUCUGACAACGUCAGAAUGAACUGCCAAGAUGCUCCAGCAGACCUCAUCACAGCAGACUGAUGCAAACUAUACUAUAUAAUGUAUUGGAGGAGGCGAGAAACUUGAAUGUUCAUUCGUUGUAUGAAAAACGUGGAUACUGCACAUCUUUUAAAAGCAACGAGUUUUUUAGAUGCUCCAUGCCGGUGUCUUCUGUAUUUUACCCAAAAACUUAUAUGGGAAAGUUUGUCCAGUGUCUGGAGCGUGCGAGCCUUUUCGGACAGCGUCCCUGUUAAACUAACGGGACAUCUCCACGCAGCUGCUCCAAGAUGAGAUGUGAUAAAGUGAUCACCUACUUGAGGAUUGUUGGGACGACACUGUUCGGCAUUUUGCUGCUUGUGGGAAUCUCUACUGCUUAUAUCAUGGGGUAUAAGCUAAUAACGACUGCAGGCAACUACUUGUCCUUUGGUCUUUAUGGGGCAAUUCUAGUCAUUCACCUCAUCAUCCAGAGUUUUUUUGCUCUACUGGAACAUAGGAACAUGAAACGUUCCCUGGAAACACCGAUCAAACUUAACAAGUCACUGGCCCUUUGCAUCGCAGCCUAUCAGGAAGACCCCAACUACCUGAGAAAAUGUUUAAUAUCAGUGAAGAGGCUCACCUACCCUGGGAUAAAGGUCAUUAUGGUUAUCGACGGGAACAAUGAUGAUGACAGCUACAUGAUGGAGAUCUUUCGGGACAUCAUGGGCCGGGACAAGGCAUCCACAUACAUUUGGAAAAGCAACUAUCACCAGAAAGGACCAGAGGAAACCGAAGAAUCGUACGCCGAGAGCUUGCAGCACGUUUCUCGCCUGGUUCUCAACAAUAAGUGUGUGUGCAUCAUGCAGAAGUGGGGUGGGAAGAGGGAGGUCAUGUACACCCCCUUCAAAGCCCUGGGAAGAAGUGUCGACUACGUACAGGUAUGUGAUUCAGACACCAUGUUGGACCCGGCCUCCUCAGUGGAGAUGGUGAAGGUUCUGGAAGAAGAUCCCAUGGUUGGAGGAGUAGGUGGAGAUGUACAGAACCACUUCAAACUGGCACAGUCUGAUUUCCUGUCUAGUUUCAGCUAG